ACACACACACACACACACAGAGAGACAGGCUGUACCAAAGAAGUGUGUGAGAGGAAAGACUCAGGCAGGAACAAUGGGAGUGGACGUCGAGACCCUAAAACCCGGAGACGGAAAGACUUUUCCGCAGAAAGGACAGAAUGUCAGCGUGCACUAUGUCGGCACACUGACAAAUGGGAAAAAGUUUGACUCCUCCAGGGACCGUGGAGAUCCUUUCCAAUUCAAAAUUGGAACCGGCCAAGUAAUUCGUGGUUGGGAUGAGGGUGUUGCCCAGAUGAGUCUGGGCCAGGUGGCCAAGCUGACCUGCACGCCGGACUAUGCUUACGGCAGUAAAGGAUUCCCUCCCAUCAUCCCAGGAAAUUCCACUCUCAUCUUCGAAGUGGAGCUGCUGAAAUGCUGAGUGUUUAGCUGACGGUUGCUCCCCUGAAUUUCUCAUUCCACCCUCAUCAUCCCGGUCACAAAUAACUUGUUUAAUUAAAGGUGCUGUCAGUAGCAUUUACAAAACACAAGUCAUUGUAGAAAUUAUUCUGAUAUCUUGGCAUAAUUGAGACAAAUAAGAUUGUGUCCCAGUGCUUAUGUUAGUAGGGUUAUUGAUGUUGCGAUGACACUCAGUCACUAACUGUAAAGGAGUAGUUCAGCAUUUUGAGAAAUACUCAUAAAUUCUGUGUUAAUUAUGAAACAUCCAGGAGAGGGUUACUUCGGUUUAGCAUAAAGAUUAUAAAUGGGAAAACGGCUAGCUUGAAGGUAACAAAAUCCACCUACCAGCACCUCUAAGGUUCACUAAUUAAUGGGUUAUAUCUAACCCACUGUUGGUGGUAACUUCAUGUUUUCCAUACAGAUUCGAGAGUGGCAUCAUUAUUCUCUCAAACACAGUGUAUUUUCCAGGAUGUUGAACUAUUCCUAUAAAUAAAUCCAACAACAUGUGUAAUGACCUUUUUUAGUUGUUUAGACACAGUUGAGAUACCACCUUUUGGUUGUAAACUUUCAGGAUUUAGUUUAGCCUCAUUUUUACCUUUUUAUUACAUAUUUGACUUAACUCUCAGGUGGUUGAAAGCACUUAAAACACAUAAUCUGAAUUAGAGCAAAAAACAAGGGAACAUUAAUCUAGUGCGCUUUACGAAUAGCAGCUCUCUUUGUGUGCCAUAAACCAACAGAAUUAUCACAAAAUCUUAGUGAAUGGCUCUGAAAAAAAGUAGUAAAGGCUGCCAGUCUAUUCAGAAAAUGUCUUUUGUGCAUAAAUAUUUAUUCCAAUGUCUCAAAGGUAGUGCAGUAAAGAUUAUUAGCAUAUAAAAUGCAAAUGAAACACCUUUAAUGAAAAGUUUAUUUGUUUUUUAUUCCCCAUCGUAAACUUACCCCUUCAAUAGAUGCAUGAGUUUGACAGCUUAAAACUUUGACACAAUGUAAAGAAACACUUCAUAAGUUUAGAAACAAAAAUUGGCGUAUGAUUUAGUUUAUCAUUACUACUUGUGUUGCCAUUUAUAGUAUUGGGAACAGAUGUUAAAACCUGCUCCUUGUACUAUACUUACGAGGCUUUUUGCCAUAACAAUUUAAAUGUCUGAAGUGUCCUUGUAUUAUGUCACAGUGCUUAAUGUUUUAUUUCUUUGGUAUCAGCCAUGAAAUUGUCUUACAUUUGGGUAUUGCAUUCUUGCAUUAAAAGGAAUAUACGAUAA